CGUCGGAAAAGCACAGUAUUCGGGUGGGAGUGGCCUAAUUUUCCAGGUGCCGUCUGUCACCCCUGGAAAGGGAACUCCCUGACCCCUUGCGCUUCCCGAGUGACGCAAUGCCUCGCCCCUGCUUCGGCUGGCGCACAGUCUCUGACCUGCACCCACUGACCUGCACCCACUGACCUCACCCACUGACUCACCCACUGACCUGCACCCACUGUCUGGCACUCCCUAGUGAGAUGAACACGGUACCUCAGAUGGAAAUGCAGAAAUCACCCGUCUUCUGCAUCGCUCGCGCUGGGAGCUGUAGACCGGAGCUGUUCCUAUUCGGCCAUCUUGGCUCCUCUCCUCCAGUUGUUGAGUUCUUAUCCAUUCUGCAGUUCUGUAUCUUUUAAGUGGAGUAUUUAGGCCAUUUACAUUCAAAAGGGAAUGAAGGAAGAAGAUUGUCCCAUCUCCGCAGAGGUCUCGAGAUGGGGUGUGUUUUGUGGUGCAAGUAACCCAGUAAAACCAAGUAGCGUGGAUGUAGUCGGAGGGAACCAGAGGCCAGUGUUUCCCUAGGCCUUGGAUGCCUAGUGGGAAAGCCACAGAAUUGCACCAUGCCAAACUACAAACUCACUUAUUUUAAUAUGAGGGGGAGAGCAGAAAUUAUUCGUUACAUAUUUGCUUAUUUGGACAUACAGUAUGAAGACCACAGACUAGAACAAGCUGACUGGCCUGAAAUCAAAUCAACUCUCCCAUUUGGAAAAAUCCCCAUUUUGGAAGUUGAUGGACUUACCCUUCACCAGAGCCUAGCAAUAGCAAGAUAUUUGACCAAAAACACAGAUUUGGCUGGAAGCACAGAAAUGGAACAAUGUCAUGUUGAUGCUAUCGUGGACACACUGGAUGAUUUCAUGUCAUGUUUUCCUUGGGCAGAGAAAAAGCAAGAUGUGAAAGAGCAGAUGUUCAAUGAGCUGCUCACGUAUAAUGCGCCUCAUCUUAUGCAAGACUUGGACACAUAUUUAGGGGGGAGAGAGUGGCUUAUUGGUAACUCUGUAACUUGGGCAGACUUCUACUGGGAGAUUUGCAGUACCACACUUCUGGUCUUUAAGCCUGACCUGUUAGACAGCCAUCCAAGGCUGGUGACUUUACGGAAGAAAGUCCAAGCCAUUCCUGCCAUCGCUAACUGGAUAAAACGAAGACCCCAAACCAAACUCUAGCUGAUCCAUGUUGCCUUCAAGUUUGUUUUUCUCGGGGGCAUCUCUCUCAUCAGAUAAGACAGCUACAUCAGCCUGCCAGAUAAUCCACAUGCUCCCUCCCCAGCUCCACUAAGAUUUUCACUUUAGCCAUAUUCUGAUUUUUAAAAAGGAAAACAAAAACAAAUCUUUCUUCAGUAUCUUUUUCUUUCAGAAUACCUUCUCAUCAUUUACAAUUACAGAAAAAUAGUACGUAAUACAGACAGACCUUGCUUUGCACAGGUUCUAACAUGCACGAAUUGCAGUCACAAUGGUUUAGCAACACCAUUCUUCCCCUCCCCCAAAAUGGUUUGGACUUCAGCUACCACAAUUACCUGUAAUUGCAUAAAACACAAACUUUGCUAGUAGCUCUCUAGUUCACAUAUCCCUGUGUAAAUAACCUAUGUACAUCAUGACCAAUGACCAGUCAUUUCUAUCAAAGACUGCCAGAGGUCACUGCACAUCUGUUAUUCCCGCAUAGAUAGCGAAGUGUGUAGUUGUAUUGCUAUUGCCUGCUUGUGGCCCAGUGAUAAAUCCCUUUGACAUUUUACAAAAAUGAAUCAAAAGAGGGAACUCCCAGCAAAGAUGAAAGUGCAGCAAAGGAACAAAAACUGAUAAUCCUGGAAUGAAAUUCAAACUGAAUAUAAAGGGAGUUAUCGAGAAAAGAGCUGACUGUGGGAAUCUGACACAGCUCAAAAGGCUCUAGAUAUGCAGCCAGAGAAACUUGCAAAGAUGAAUUUACCGACAUGAAUAAAAUUGUUGUGAUGAGAAAAAUGUAGAUACUCCAGAGAUCAAGAGAAUGAGAAGACAAGCCAUAGACUUGGAGAAAAUACUUGUAAAACAUGUAUCUGACAAAAGACUGUUAUCCAAAAUUUUAUAGAACUCAUAAAAGUCAACAAGACAACAAACAAGCUGAUCAAAAAAUGGGCAAAAGACCUCAAUGGACACCUCAACAAAGAUACAGGUAGCAAUAAGCAUAUGAAGAGGUGCCCAACAAAAUGUCAUUAGGGAACUGCAAAUUAAAACAAGAUACCACUAUAUGACUGUCACAAUGGUAAAAAAUCCAAAACAGCAGACAACAGCAAACGCUGACGAGGAUGUGGAGCACAGGUAACUCUCAUUUGUUGCUGAUGAGAAUACAAAUGGUACAGCUACCUUGGAAGACAGUGAUAAUUUCUUAUAAAACUAAACAUAUGCUUAUACAAUCCAGCAAUUGUGCUCCUUGAUAUUUAUUUCAAGGACCUGAAAACAUGUCCACAUAAAAACCUGUCCACAUAUAUUUACAGAAGCUUUAUUCACAAUUAAGAAGUCAAAAAAGAGAGGAGGAUGUCGGGGAGAAAGAAAGAAGAGGAAAAGAAAAGCCCAGAUAGGUAUGAUCUUAUUUAAGGUGUUUCUUUCCUCUCGAUAAUGUUUUAUGAAAUUGAAAAAAAAGUUAUCUAAUACUUUAGGCCGGGCGCAGUGGCUCACACCUGUAAUCCCAGCACUUUGGGAGGCCGAGGCGGGUGGAUCACUUGAGGUCAGGAGUUCGAGACCAACUUGGCCAACAUGGUGAAACCCCGUCUCUACUAAAAAUACAAAAAUAAGCCGGGUGUGGUGGCGGGCACCUGUAAUCCCAGCUACUCAGGAGGCUGAGACAGGAGAAUCACUUGAACUGGGAGGCACAUGUUGCAGGGAGUCGAGAUCGCGCCACUGCACUCCAGCC